GCUCACUCUGCACAGCACAGCUGCCUUUAUAACGAUAAAAACUAAACGUAAUCUUUGACCAUGAAGCUGUUACAUCCAUUUUAUCUUUUAAAAUUUGAAAUGUGAGUCAGCACAGUAAUAUUAAACACGAUGGGAGUGAGAGACAGAGAGAAGUAGUGCUCAGUGCAUCAUGGCAAGUCCCCCAGCAAAUACAGACUAUGACAGCAUAACUGGAGCAUGGGUUGACGAAAGGCACAUUUUGAGCCCAACCUUAAAAGAAGAGAUCAUUUGUGUCCAAACUGUGAGGUCAGGAGAGGGGACUGAGACAUGAAGCUUCUGCCUACCAUUCUACUUUUAAAAACGCUAGAGUGCUGAGCUGUUCUUUUCAUAUUUUAACUAGCGAGAUUUUCUGACGUAUUUUUGGCAAAUACCGUGAUUUAUUUCGAUGGGGUAGCAGUCGGCGGAAAUCGUACUGCAGGAGGAGGAAGCUGACAGCAUGUGGACUGAAGGCUGGGAAGCACACGCCGCACAGCAGCAUGACGAGAGGCUGAGCUCUACACGGCACAAGUUCAAUUCUUACACGACUCGUCAGAAAACAGCUCAGCCAUGUCGGGAGCGUUAGCACGGCUGCUCUUCUACCCCACGUUAGCCUACAAUGUUGUCAUGGAGAAGGUGUCCUCGAGACGGUGGUUUGACCGAGUGGAUGAAACUGUGAUCCUCGGAGCGCUGCCGUUCAGGUCCAUGACCAAACAGCUGGUGGAAACAGAAAAUGUUCGAGGGGUGAUCACCAUGAACGAAGAGUAUGAGACCAAAUAUUUCUGCAACUCAGCUCAGGAGUGGCAGGCUGCUGGUGUGGAGCAGCUCAGGCUGAGCACUGUGGACCUGACUGGUGUCCCCAGCAUGGAGAACCUCCACAGAGGCGUGGAGUUUGCACUGCAGCAUAAAGAGCAGGGAACCAGUGUGUACGUGCACUGCAAGGCUGGACGUUCCCGGAGCGCCACAUUAGCUGCCGCCUACCUCAUACGGUUACACUGCUGGACUCCAGAAGAGGCCUGUCAGAAGCUGGCAUCUGUUCGACCGCACAUCCUAGUACGCUCCGCUCAGCUGGAGAUGCUGAGGAAGUACUACCAGCAGAUGUGUGCACAGUCUAGCUGAGAGAGCGGGGCAGUGUGUUCCCGCUGGAGGUGGGAGACGGCGACUCAGAGCCUCCGUCAGAACAACCGUAACAGGAAAUGCAACUGUUGCCUUUUCAGCAAGUCCUCUUUGGCAUGUGUACAGCUACAGAACAGAAGAUGUUAUUUAUCUGUUUUUUUUACUCUUUAAUAUAAUUUUGUUGAAAGAAAUUUUCCUUUUUAUAAUUUGAUUUCCAGCCACGUUAUUCUGUUUUAACUAACAAACUAAGACAAAUCACUGCAGUGCGAUCAACCUUUUUUCUUAAAAAAGAAAACACUCCCGUCAGAGCCGGCUGAUGUCAGCUGGAGUUUAACCAACAAGAUGAGAACACUGUAGUGAAUAAUUCAGUAAUGAAGGUGUUUCUGUGUAGACUGGAAAAUAUUUGCUUUAUAUUUUUCUGCAGUGCCUCAUAAUGUAGAAAAAUGACCAUAAAUAAAUAUUUAUGACAUAAAGAGUAAUGGUGCUUCUUUGUUUUCAGUACUUUGGUCUUAUUGGCAAGCACA